GGAGAAGGUGGCAUUCCCAAGGGUCCAAGAAGGGGGUAUAAGAACUCGCCCGCACUUUCCCAGAUUUAUUAGUUAAUGACUUCCCUCCCCGCACUUGUUCAUUCUGUCUUUCUUGACCAAUUUAAAUGGCACGACAUCGUCGUACAGCAGGGAGAACCAUGAGCUAAAUUCCUUUUUUUCACAUUUCAUUCUCCUUUCACUCAAUUGGACGCAGGACGCUCUCUGCCCUUCUUUUACAAGCUAUCGUCCCGUCCGGUGUUCUACAUAUCAAAUUAGAAGAGGCAUCUCUAACGAGUUGGGGGUUCCUCAACUUCGAGGCCCCUAUCAAUUGGCUAUCCCUACGUUGAUUACCUGUUCUUAUAAUACUCUUUUUAGCACAUUGGGUUUCAGGAACGGAAAUAUAUAGAUUACAGAAACCAUGGCAACAUUCUCAUACAUCUUUAGAUUCAUUUAUAUACUUCUCCUUCUGUCUCAUACCCAGGCGCGGGCGCUUCGGUCGCAGGAUGUUCUAGCGCCACUGCCCGAUGCACCGCUUGUGGUUGAUGCACCUGCGGCAUCAUCAAGGCAUUCAACCCUGUCUCCCUCCGAGUUGCCCUCCGAGUUGAAUGAAUCCGUUGGCCGCACACAGCAGGAUUUGCUGAAUGCCUUGAAUGUAAUGCAGGAUGCCUACUUUGAACUAUGGCAGGGCACUUGGCCCACUAGCAUCGAUUGGACGGCUGCGGUUAUUGGCACACAUCUCUCGGCCUCCCUCGCAUCAUUGACGUCCUCCACAGAGGACGUGUUGUCUGAGAUAUUCUCGGAUGAUAGCUCAACCAUCAAGCAUCGCCCUCUAACAUUUGAGAAUCUGAUCAAUCACUUCUUUGACCAGACUGUAACCUUCUACUUCGGCGAGGAUGCGAUUUCGGUGAGAAACCAGGCCUACGACGACAUGCUGUGGGUUGUGUUGGGCUGGCUAGAGAACCUGAAGCUGCAGGUGUUGCACUCGGAUCUACAUUUUGAUGGGCCUUCAGGGUCCGAUCUGACUAAAAACCACCGUUGGCAUGGGGCUCAGUUCCGAAAGCCCGCAGCUCAUCGAGCUCGAAUCUUCCAUGGUCUUGCGUCCGGUGGAUGGGAUAUUUCUCUCUGUGGGGGCGGGAUGAUUUGGAAUCCGCGCCUAGCGCCCUACAAGAAUGCUAUAACGAACGAACUGUAUAUAUCUGCUAGCAUUGGGAUGUAUCUCUACUUCCCGGGUGAUGUAAUUGAUUCACCAUUUGUUCCAAAUGGUGUUGACGAUCACACGUGGUCGGACGGUUACCCUCACCACCCUGCUCAUCUGCAGGCUGCUAUCGAGGGAUAUAAAUGGCUCAACGCCUCGAAUAUGACGGGGGCCGGGGGACUAUAUGGGGAUGGCUUCCAUAUCAGUGGGUGGAGGAGCACUGAGGAGCCCGGCACCCGGAAGUGUGACGUCCUGAACAAGAUGGCAUACACGUAUAACCAGGGGGUGAUCCUCAGCGGGCUGAGGGGCCUCUGGCUGGCCACUGCAUCAUGGCAAUACCUGUCCGAUGGACAUCAACUUGUCCGUAACGUUGUCAAUGCCACGGGGUGGCACAACAAGACGAGCCAGGAAUGGGCAGGCCUCGGUCGCGGAGGCGUUCUGGAGGAGGCAUGCGACUCCGCUGGCAGCUGUUCUCAAGACGGACAAACGUUCAAAGGUAUCUUCUUUAAUCAUCUCGCGGAGUUCUGUCGGCCCAUACGGCCGCAGGAGGAGCGAUUUCUGGAUAGCGCAAAUCGGACGACGGGACCCGGCAGCGAUUGGGAGUACAUCCAUGAUUGGCAUCAAGCACAGUGUCGCACGUAUGGGCCUUGGAUCGAACACAAUGCUGAGGCCGCUCUGAUGACUCGAGACAAGGACGGCAAGUUUGGCAUGUGGUGGGGCAGGCGUUACGGCGAGCUUGAUCACGCUGUCACCUUCCAGAGUCCCCUGCCUCCCGAUGCGAUUGACUACCGGAAUUACGGCGACCACACUCAUCAAGGAACAUCCCCUCCACUAGCGGGUCCCAACUUCGGGCAGGAAAGACCCAUCUAUCCGGCGUCUGUACCCGGGCAGACACGCUUAAGUGGCGAUGCAGCUACUCUUGGCCUACACCAGACGGACUAUAACGACCGAGGGCGCGGGAGGACGGUGGAGACGCAAUCAGGAGGUGUAUCUGUCCUGCGCGCCUUGUACCAGUGGAAACUGACUGCAUCCGAAUCCAAUGCUGCCUAAAUUUGGCUGCUAGGUGGGAAGAAUUGCCGUACUGCGUUGUAUAAAAUUAUUUUGGAGCAUUCUUACUAUUGGUUAUGUUUGGCGUUUGGCCUGAGUUAUAUCAUCUGGCGUUGACGGUGUUGGCCAGCGGAGCCAGCGCAAGGGCUGGUUUCUCCCAGGCGGAAAGGAUUGAAGUCAUGAGCAAGUUUUCUCUUGCUAAGUAUUGGUCCAAUGAAGACGUGUUUGCAUUCUUCCUCAUCCAUGAACCCACUUAUGAUCAAGGGAGACCCAGUAGAACUCUUUCUGAUCACCCGAUCUCCUGCCGGCAAACCUUAGUUCCAAGCAAGGUAAACAAUUCCCCUACUAGAGGAUUUACAGUAUAUAGUCAACCUGCACACAUACGAGCCCGUUCCCAACAACCGGGGUCGAUGAUAGUACAUACUCAUACAUACACAUAACCCAGCCCAGCCUGCAUCUCGGAAGCACAGUCUUGUUCCGGAGCAAGGACAGCGUGCCCGACAGUCAUCCAUGGCGGGGAUCAAAGUAUGGGGUUUGCAGGGGAAUGGAGGGAGAUGUUUCGUUUACU